GGAAACAACUCGCACGUCACGUCUAAUCACAGCCAAUCAGCUGCCCACUCUAUUGCACAUGCGCUGUUGCUGCUCUAGUUUCUUACCGGGUUGCUGGUAGCUGUGAUAUGCUACGGGUUUCGGUGUAAGAGUAGGGUGACGGCUGCCAGCCAGAUGUCAGCAUCAAUAGGAGUCGAGAAAAUGAAGGCAAACGGGCGAUUCUUCCAUCACUGCCUACACGUUGUAGGCUUCCUGGACCUUUUUGGAGUAAGCAUGAUCAUUCCAUUGUUGAAUCAUCACAUUAAAUCCCUUGGAGCAAGCCCAACUACAGCUGGCAUAAUAGGUUCUUGCUAUGGUGUGUUGCAACUAUUCUCUAGCUCAAUUGUGGGUAGUUGGAGUGACAUUGUUGGAAGACGAUUUUCACUUAUUACCUGUAUUCUUGUCAGUGCUUUUGGCUAUGCCCUUCUUGGUUUAUCCACCACCAUAUUUAUAUGUGCUAUUGCUAGAAUCCCAGUAGGAAUCUUUAAACACUCACUUUCCAUAUCAAAAGCCUUACUCUCCGACUUGGUGGCAGAAAAAGAGCGCCCACGUGUAAUGGGAAGGUUUAACGCUGCUUGCAGUAUAGGAUUUAUCCUUGGUCCUGUGGUUGCUGGUUACCUGACAGAGCUGCAAGGAGGAUUUUACCUCACCUGCUUCUUGUGUUCUGCCAUAUUUGUUUUAAAUGCAGGUCUUGUGUGGAUAAUGCCAAGAAAUGAAGAGAUGUUUCAUAAUGGCAACUUCGGUAAUGAAAAGAAAGCUAAUGACCUUAACCCAGAAAAUGAAGGAAUAAAAAAAAAUCAUCUUACAUGGACUCUUCGGGAUCAAGUGGUUUCUGUAUUUAAAAAAGUAACAGAAGCAGCCUUUUCUGAUUUGUGGGACAUCUUUCUUGUGCGUCUGCUAAUGGCUAUUUCUGUGAUGCUCUGCUACAGCAACUUUGCCUUAGCAAUGGAGGAAAGGUUUCAUAUGAAACCUCGAACAACUGGUUACCUUAUAAGUUAUAGCAGCUCUCUUGGAGUUGUGGCUGGUUUUUUGAUUGGCCCUCUUUCUAAACUGUAUGGACACAGUUCAUAUAGAAUGCUAAUGCAUUCAAGCAUUCUCACUUUUUUUUGCAUCUUUUUAUAUUCUUUAGCACCUAAGAUCUGGGUAGUUGUCCUGUCUUUUACUUUUUUGGCAUUUUCUACCAAUAUUGGGAGGACAUGCAUUGUGGAUAUUGAGCUUGCAGUAGGGAAACAAUAUGGCAGUGGUACCCUGAUAGGCAUUGGACAGUCUGUAUCAUCAGUUGGACGAAUUCUAGCUCCACUUCUGUCUGGAAUUGCACAAGAAUAUAAUGCCUGUGGACCACCUCUGCUAGGUGCCAUAAUGGCUUUUGCAUCUAUAUAUUUAAUGUAUAAAUGUAGAAUACGUUACAGUGGCCCUUCCCUCCAAAAACCAAAAAGUGAGUGACUAUAAAUAAUCGGUUUUAACAGAGGCAACGCAAUGGCUCCAGUUGCAGGCACAUCAAUAAGCUUUUUGAAGCAUAGGGCAAUUUCUCGGCCUGCGUUUAUCUCCACCCUGUAAGGCUGAAAUGUGCAAUAAGUGAUAUCCAAUUAUAUAUAUAUAUAAGACAAGGAGAUAUAUAUAUAUAUAUAUACUUGACUAAUAUAAAACAUUUGUUUUUACUGCAUCAAAAUUAACAAGUAUUAUAUUUUCACAAUAUUAUACACAUUCCUUCCAUCUAUGUGUUAUGGUCUUUUUCUAUUGUUGUUUUAUUUUCAUCGUUUCCAGGGUGCAGCUAUAUGAGAAGUAAACAGUUUUAAAUACAUUGGGUUCCAAACUUCACCCAUACCUUAUUCCCAAUGAAAGUGAUGGUGGCCAAACAUGGUGUCUGUCCACCCUGCUGCAUACUUCUGGUACAGGCACAUGGGGACCCCGUUUAGGAGCUUGGGUGAUGUGAUUGGGGAGGGUAGACUUUGCAGGGGCCCAAUGUGCUUAAAACAGUUUACUUCAACCUUAAGUGUUUAUGCGCAGCUGCAUUUUUUUAGCUGCUAGAUGGGUCAGAUAUUAAAGAGUCACGUGUGUUUUUUUGGAUAUUUGCAGUAGGAGAACACAAAGAGAUAAGUAUGGAUCCAAAUUAAAAUUGGUACCAGCUAAAAGUUUAUUAAAUAAAGGGAAAGGUCCCUGGUGUUUGAGCUAAAAAUAAAAUGUUUCUGAAUGUAUUUCUUAAAUGUUAUGAAAGGUGUAUAUUUUUUAUUAUUUAUUUUAUAUUUAACUUGAUAUAAAUGCAAUUAAAGGAACAUAUUUGGAUUAUUUUUUGUAAGUUUUUAGUUUAAGCAUUUUAGUUUGAGCUGUGUUUUGCACAAUGUCUGAAUUUUACUUUUUAUGGAAAAUGGAUGUUUUUUUUAAUUGAAUUUAUGGGAGAAAAUGAAAGAGUAUACAUUUUCUUUUUUAAUGUAGAAAAGCCUGGAAACCACUGUUAUGACUAAUAAAGGGAACAUUUAAAAGAAA